UUCCCCUCACUGAUUGCAUCAGAUCAAACGGGCUCCCAUUUCUCGAUCAAAGCGUGAAAGCGCCAAGAUUGUGCUCAACAAAAAUCCAAAGCCAAAGAGCGGCGGCGACCUGAGAAUCAAUCACGACGGCGUCGGCGACGACGACGAUGUGGCGGAGAGCUUCAUCUCAUCUCCAAACCCUAUCUCCGUGGCGAUCCCGAUCCCUCUCCCAUUUCCGCCCUCGCCUCAGCGGUGAAACCCUAAGGAGCCCCGCGGCCGCUGCGACGACCCGCCUCUUCUCCUCCGAUUCCGAUAAGGGCUCGCUGAGUAAGAAGGUGGAGGAUGUGAUGCCGAUUGCUACUGGCCUUGAGCGAGAGGAGCUGCAGGCUGAGCUCGAGGGAAGGAAGCGGUUUGAUAUGGAUCCGCCUGUUGGUCCCUUCGGUACGAAGGAAGCACCUGCUGUCAUCCAGUCCUACUACAACAAAAGAAUAGUUGGUUGUCCUGGGGGUGAAGGCGAGGAUGAACAUGAUGUUGUCUGGUUCUGGUUGGAAAAGGACAAGCCACAUGAAUGUCCUGUGUGCUCCCAGUACUUUGUGCUUGAGGUUAUUGGCGACGGAGGCGACCCGGAUGGACAUGAUGAUGAUCAUCAUCACUGAGGCUGUACGGUCUUUUUUGAAAAUAAAACUUGGUGAGGGCACUGGUUCUGUUAAAUGCAGCUUCAAACAGCUUUUGGAUAUUUUAGUUCAUCAAUUUUCUCGCUCGUGUAUGACCAACAGUUUUUUGCCUAGAUGUCUUUAGGCCUCUGCUUUGACAUUUGAAUUCUUUCAGGCUUGUCAAUGCAUUAUCAAAUAAUUGACGGCCACAUUAAUCCUGUUUUCUCGUGUUCCUUUAUGGCAAGAAUCUCAACUAAGGUUCUUUUUCAACAUUUCAAGCAUGCACUUAUGCUUCUAUCUUCUUCUGUUCUAGAAUUGAAAGACGCAUGCAGAGGGUCACUCA